AUGAACAGCCACAAAGCUGAAAACCCAGAAGAGACAGGUCGCAAUAUCAACUGGGUAAACACCGAGGGAAAGCAUCAUACAAGAUCGUCAAUGCUCAGUGAACCGAACGCAAUUCAACCACCGAACGAACGAACAGAAUCCGUUAUCACCCGCGACCCGGGCCAGACACAGCCGAAUCGCGCCUGGCUACUCUCGUCACCUGGGUGGUAG